CAUGUACCUUCUCUUUGUUUUAAGGGAGCUAUUUGUGAUUUUUGUGAAGCAUUUAUCUGUCAUAGCAAAAAGUGCCUUACAACACAUGCAUGUGAAUGUGCUCUCAGAGAUGGUGACUGCAUUGAAUGUGAACGAGGAGUCUGGGAUCAUGGUAUAUUGUAUUUUAAUGUCUUUAAAUGAGAUUAAGGCUAAGUUAAACUUGAGACAGUGCUGGCCAGCAGUCUUUCAAGCAAUAUUAUUGGGGGUGCUCUGGAAGCUUCAAAGUCAGGCCGAUGGGUUUUCACAGCUUCUCUUUUUAGGUCAGGCUAUAAAGUUCAUAUUUCUGCUCUUUGCGUGUGCCUGUAGUAAUUUUUCAUAUAAACCAUCAGCAGUGUAGCCUGUUAGCAGGGGCACAUGUGCUAAGGCCUGUUUACAUGGAGGUGAGGGACCCCAGAUAGGUGAGGUAAUAUGUGGCAGGUCAACCCACCUAUCAUGUAACAUGAUCAAAUUAAAAUGAGAGAUUGUAAGGACAGGCAGCUUACCUCACCUACCUGGGGCUCCCCUCUUCCAUGUAAACAGGCCCUUAGUUUGGGAAAAAUUUUAGUGCAGAGCACCAGUGUGAGCCCUGUUCUUCUUGCCAGGCUCGCCAGUUUGCGCUGGCAGUUCUGCCACCAAACUUUUUGCCGAACUCGUAAUAGUUAAUGAGCCAUCUCACAGGCUAUCAGCGGUACUGUAUGGUAUGGACACAAUUUAGGCUGCAGAUCCAAGUUUUAUCUUUAUAGAGCUGAAACAUGGGGAACUUGGGUGGCGCAGUGGUGUGAGCACUCGCCUCCCACCAAUGUGGCCUGGGUUUGAAUCCUGGCGUUGAUGCCAUAUGUGGGUUGAGUUAGUUGUUGGUUCUCUCCCUUGCUCUGAGUGGUUUUUCUACGGGUACUCUAGUUUUCCCCUCUCCUCCAAAAGCAACACUUCCAAAUUCCAAUUCAAUCUGAAACGCAUGGACACAUUUCAACGAGUUCUCAUGAACUCCUAGGUGCUCCGUAAGUAAAAAAAAUAACAAUUCCAGUUACAGAGAUAUUUAUGGAACUGGCACUGAAAGAAAUGCCCAUAACAGUAAGAUCUGUCUUAGGGGUGUACCUCCUUAUAGAGGUGAAAAUAAUAAAAAACAAUGAGAUUUGGAAAUAAUGAAAAUAUUUAUUUGUUCACAGGUGGACGCCUCUUCAUUUGUUCAUAUUGCGAAUCUUUCUUGUGCGAAGAUGAUCAGUUUGAACAUCAAGCUAAGUGCCAAGUACUGGAGUCUGAAACAUUAAAGUGUAAGUUUUUUUUAGGAAAUUCCAAGGUUGCUUUUCACUCGACCACUUUGUGCCCAGUUUCAAUUACUGGAAACUCUUUCCCACCUUAACCAUUUUGUCACUUUAGGUCUCUCAGAAUUGCUGCCUGGUUCUUAGGCUAUCCCCUUUUUCUUUUCGUUAAGCGUUGAAUGCAAUUCCUGAUAUUAGGUCGGUCGGUUGGAUUGAAAAAAAACCUAAAAAAAAAUCACAAGAAGUCUCGGAAUAGGAGGCCCUGGUACCCUGGAACGACGUUAAAAGUUAACUUUCACAUAAUAGGAUUAACAAAAUGUACAAUUUGCUUUAAGAAAUGUUCCUGUUUUUCUCUAUCCUGUUACUAUGAUCAUUUUUCAGAUAGAUUAAAAGAAUUAUUCCUAGUGAAAAAUGGUUUAACUAUGUCAUUACUUUUUUUUUUUUUGAAAAUGCCAAAAAUUUGGGUCGGUUGGAUGAUGCUAAACGGAAGAAAAAAAAAAGAGGAUGGCCUUAGCUGGGUCUUAGCUUAAUGGGAUAGAGCGGUUUUCAUUUGAGUGUCGAAAAGUAAUUGGUUUUGCACUUUCUACACGAUGCGAUUGGCUUAAAAGAUUCGCUCCACCUUUUAAUCCAAUCAGAAGUAAAACCAAAGCCAAUUGUGACGCGCUCGCAUGCAUUUUCCCGCGCUUUGCGUCAGCCACAUGUAAUUACUUCGAGUUUUGAUUGGUUCAAUGUAUUGUCUGUGUCCUAUGUGAUUGGCCAGAGUAAUUACUUUGGUUUUGGUUUUACGACACUCAAACGAAAACCACUCUAAGUGCCAGUCGGUUGAGUGGGAGGCCAUGAGUUCAAACCCCAGCUGGUCACCAGCGCUCAGGGUCUUUAAAUAACUUGCAGAAAGUCGGUGCUGCCUUGUAAUCAUGUCAGCAAAAUUUGGUUAGACUUUCUUGUCUUCUCAGAUAAGGAUGAUCAAUCUGUGGGCCCCUUCUCACAUAUGAAAGUUCUAUGAGAUGUUAAAGAACACACACACUGUCGAGAAGGAUUCAGGGAACCAUUGUUGGCCGUUUUUACCCUCCCAUGAUUUUGAUUUUGAUUUUUGCCUGGGACUAGUUAGGGAAAAUCUGGUUACAAGGCUAAAAAUAUGCCUUGAAAUUAGUAAACAUGAAUAGUGGGAUCGUGAUUUGUUGAAAGCUAACGAAAAAAAGCUCCGCAGAGUCACCAACGUUUAUAUAGUGGUGGUUUUGGUGGUGGGGGACAGUUUCAUUGGUGUGAUUCACCAUACACGGAGAAACGUCUGUAAAAUUUUUUGACUUUGUUUAAAGAUAUCUUAGCUCAAUUUUAAUUUAUCACCUUUAAACUUGGUACGUUUCUAGUAGUGUCAAAGGAUAUUCACUAAUUAUCUUUUUGAAACGUUUAUGAGCAAAUGAGUGCAUGUUAUUCAGUGUUAGGUGCUUAAACUAGAGAAGCUCAGGAUGAAGGCCACUUCGGUCGAUAUACCUAGAAUUAAGUUUACUCUAGCUUUGGUACCAACUGAAGAGAUUGAAUAGAGAUUGGUGGUGCGAGUGAUUUGAUUGUCUGCAAUCAUAGCUCUUUUUUCCUGAAGUACCCUUUGAGAUUUUUUAGGUCUUACUGGUUUUUCUAUGUUCUUUUUUCUUUAGGUGGUUCCUGUAACAAAUUAGGUCAAUAUUCAUGUCUUAAGUGCAAGGUAAGCAUCGCUUGCAAGUUGCAGUUAACUAAAACUAUACUAGCAAUGCAUGAGAAAGGAAAUUGAAUCCCUCUGGAACGAAGAGUGAAUUCAAGAAGAUACAGUUAAAGUCGACACUUAAGUUCAAAGGUAUGCCUAGGCUCUUCAUAUUUAAUGAAUUUAACUAUCCUUAGCAAAUAAGUACGCGGUGCAAAGUAUCAAAUUUUGUUCUCUUUAAUUAUUAUUACGGCUAGUUUUUCUUAUUUUUCUUUCUCUAAUUCCACUUCACCUCCCGUCUUGAUAAGCUUAACCCUUUAAGUUAGGAUCAAAACGUGGUUAGGAACUGUGUAGCGCUGAUAAGUUGAUUACAAUUAAAAUUUGUCUUGUGUUCUUAGCGUUAAAAUGUUUGAAAAUCCAGACGUUUCGGUACUACUGUCCCUUCAUCAGUGGAAGAUGCCGUUACACUGAACGCGCGUCAUUUUAUUCAAAUGUGGCAACAUUUGAGGAGCGCGCUGGAAGAGUUCGCUCAAAUAAAAUUGAAGUCAACGUUUAUACCGCGCGGCUGAGGAGUUUUGCAUUUAAAAAUUAGGCGGCCCUCCGCUUUACGUCUGUCCCUGGUGUUGUGAAGUCCCGCUCGCACAACAGCUACCAUCAUAUCAUCUGUUGUGUAACCGGGGGAGGAAAAAUGUUUAGCAACGGGUAGGUCGGCUUUCUUUGAGACAGAUCUGAGGUGUUCGCAGAACCUGUCCCCAAGCCUACGUCCGGUUUCGCCAACGUACGACAGAGUGCAUGCCCGACAAGUUAUGAUAUACACGAGGUUACUUGUCGUGCAUGAGAACCCCUGCCGUAUGGUCAGAGGUUCACCGGGGGUGUUGAUCUGGGGGCUGGGUUGGUAUGGGCACAGGUCUUGCAUCGUGGACGACGGCAGGGAAAAGUUCCAUUUGGUUCAUCCUCAGUGUUUGCGCCCGAUUGAAGGUUGCUGCUGACCAAGGAAUCACGCAGGUUGGGGUCGCGAGUAACCCUUCAAGCCCUAAUAGUGAUCAGCAUCAAAUUUCUCCUUGGAAUAUCAACCUUUCGUAAAACAGAGUGGUCAUGAGAAUUACGGACAUAAUCACACAAGAUGAAUUUGCUUGGUAUUUUAUCAACUUCUUCUCCCCACUACUUCUGUAGGAAUUGAAUAGGGGCAACAAAUGAGAAUUCAAAUUUUGAUCUUACGGUUUAAAGGGUUAAGCUAACUGCGGGUCGUGCGAAAUGUCCUUUUCCCUUUUCAGUUUACUUUAAUUUAUUACUUGUUAACUUUUCAUGUGUAAUAAAGUUGUUGUUGUUGAUAUGAUGACUGAUCAGUAGGGGAAUAUCGAAUAUCAUUUGGGGAAUAUCGUGAAAAGUUGCGCGUUCCAGCACGGCUCGCUACUAGCUGACAAGUUACUGACGCUCCAAAUAUUAUAGUACAGUUAUCCCAAACUUGUUAUGUGAGUGCCUGUUAAGUUUUAAUAAAUCUAGUAGUAUUGCUAACGUAGGGAUUUGUUGGGUUCAAAUCGAAAACGUAAAAAAUUUGAAUUGCGGUUCAUGUGUCAUUUUGAAGCGAGCCGGGCGUGUUGACUGCUAAAGUAAGUUCGUUUUUUUUGGUGUUUUUUUUCGUGCUUAUAUGACUUUAUCAAGUCCAAGAUUUAACUCAGCGGUCCUCAUCCUCAAAGACCUCUUGUACAUGAUUGUUAACAGUUCAAGUUAUUAUAUUCUGCAUUAUUUUAGGCGUGUUACUGUGAAGACCACGUUAGAAGAAAAGGUGUAAAGUACACUAGAGGGCAGCCGAUUCCCUGCCCAAAAUGUGGGUACGAAACUAAGGAAACUAAAGAGCUCAGCAUGUCGAGUAAGUUAGCAAUGUUUCCUUACUUGUCUUGUAGUUAGAACAGUUAAAGUGGUCAAAUUUGACCUUCGGAAACUUAUAUGACAUUGAUUACCUUAGCCAGUCAGAAUGCACGAAGAUAAUGUAAUAAACCAAUCAGAACUCGAAGCACCUUUGUGUAACAGGCGUCUUUGCCCCAGGCGCGGGAAAUUUAUGCAAAUAGGUCACUUUAUUUUCUGAUUGUUUGAAAGGACCUCGCCAAAGUUUGUUGCCAUUUGCGUUUUCUGACAGGAAAAAACCCAACUGAUUUUAAAAUGAAUUUUGAUACUCAAUUAGCAACUCAAUGUAAGUUGGAAAACGUAAAUCUUGGCCGCUCUAACUUUGUUUUUCUCGUCCUUUUUUAGCUCGUAACUACGCCUAUUCUCGCCAUCGCAAUGAAGUUGGUGAUGAUUACGAUGACGACUAUGAUGUGUCGGGAGGUUUCAGUUACGGGACGAGUGGGUUCAGUUACGGGUCUGGUGGGUCUGGUUACGGGUCUAGCGCGUUCGCUUACGGAACAACUAGUUACGCAGACGAUGCGGAAGAGGACGAAAGUGAAAGCGAAGAAGACGAUGAAGAUGAGAAUGAGGACAAGGACGAAAAUGGUGACAGUGGUCAAGAGGAAGAAGAGAACAACGAAGUAAGCGCGGUCAGUGAGGAGAUAUCUCAGCUGUCAGUCGUGGGGUCGUGA